AUGGAGCAGCGCGCGGCGGCGAGCGUGCGCGCGUCGAUGGACUUCAGCGGGCCGCUCAACGCGCUGUCCACGUCCCCGAACAACCGCCUGAUCGCCGUGGGCGGCCGCGAUGUGCUCAAGGUAGUGGCGCUCGAGGCCGCGGGCUUCUCGGAGAAGCGCAACUUACGCGUGGCCGGCAAGCCCAGCCUCAACUUCAGCACCAACGACAUCCGCUGGCACCCGCAAUCGGACUAUUUAUUGGCGACGGCGGCGACGAAUGGCGCGGUGGUCAUCUGGAACUUGGAGCGAGAAGGAUACAAGCACGUGCAAGAGCGCGUGCUGAAUGGGCAUCGGCGGUCGGUGAACCGCAUCUGCUGGCACACGACGGACUGGAACGUGCUCAUUAGUGGGUCUCAAGAUGGAACUGUCAAGCUUUGGGACAAGAGAGGCGGGAAGGUGGUGUCGACGUACCAGCCAAAGUCCGAGAGUGUGCGCGACGUAAGGGCGAGUCCGUUCCACCCCAACAAGUUCGCUGCUGCUUUUGAAAAUGGUAUUGUGCAGGUCUGGGAUAUGCGCAAGAACUCGCAGCCGGAGCUUAAGUUCACAGCGCAUAAGGGCCUAGUGCUGAGUAUUGACUGGCAUCCUACUGAUGCGAAUGUCCUUGCGUCUGGCGGACGCGAUCGCUACGUGAAGAUUUGGGAGCUGGGCGACGUCCGGCAGCCGAAGCAAACGAUCCAGACGAUUGCGAGCGUCGGUCGGGUUGCCUGGAGGCCAACUUGCGUCACGCACAUCGCUACAAGCGCCUCGCUGAUGGACAACAGCAUUCACGUGUGGGAUACGAAGCGGCCGUUUAUCCCAGUUGCGUCCAUGAAAGGCCACUCGGACAUCGCAUCGGGAAUUUCGUGGAUGGAUACGCCAGUGUCGCCGAAUUUCGGUCAGCCCGAGAUUCCGGGCGACUGGGAAGGCCACGACUACUGGCAGCACAUGCUUGCCUGCUCCAAGGAUGGCACCCUCAAGUUGCACUCACUCGCAGACUCGUUCAAGCCGCAUCAGUCGUUGCCGACCACAGCACUUGCAUUAAACUCCAAGGGACAAGUUGCCUUCUCUCACGACUACAUUGAUCGUUCAUGUGCAUCUCUGAAGAUUCACCGCCAUUUCAGCUUGGGUAGCUCACUUUUCACGGUUGCGGGAGUUUCCUCGUCCUCCCCAACUCUUGGGCCUUUAAACGGUGAUCGGAAACCUGGUAGCGGAUCGCUUACCAUGUCGCUAAGCCCUUAUCACGGUAGUUCCGAGAGCCCCGAAGAGCCUCCGCUAGUGCCGAAGGGUUUAAACAGGUCGGGCGGUAGCACCGCCAACUUGACGAGUUUAUCCAACGGCGGACAAUCAACAGGUGCGAGUUUCAAAUCCGCAGGGGGUAGUAGCAGUCUUAACGCGGCAAGCGGAGUGGGCUCGGGAGGAAUCGCUAGAGGUGCAGGACCUGCAUCUUCUUCUCAGCCGAAUGUGUUAUCGCUGCAAGGCAGCAACGGCAGUGGAGCAGGAGGAAGCGCGCUCUCGGAUGGAAAUUUCGUUUCGGUGUCAAACGCUUCAGCGUCGCUGGUACCUGCGUCGCCAGUAACCCCGAUGAUGUCUGGUUCGAGUGUUCCUCGAGCGCUGGUGGCACUUGUGACGAUGCAAAACGUCAACGAAGCCAGCCAGCUUGAAAAAAUCUUCUUGGGUGAUGAAAGCGAGUACAUGCAAGCGGGGAGGCAAGUUGAAGCUAUGCGUGCUCAAUUUGAGCAAGGCCAGUACUUGAAGGAGUCUUUCGGUUUUGAUGAGCACACGUUCCGGUUCCUGGCCAAGCACUACCUGCUUUUUCCCGAGGGGGUUAACUCAAGUAAGGGUAGUAGUGCCAGUGGUUCAAAUGGAACUGGAGGCGGUACUGAUCCUGCUGGAGGGAAGAGUGGAGUAAGUUUUGCGCAAAUGUGUGCCCAUAACGCAUUGGCAGCGUUUGUGACGGGAAACUCGCACUUGUGUCAAAUGUGGCGUAUUCUCGAAGUACUCUACGCGAACGAGGAAGCAGAUGCUGCAAAGUCGAAGCACAGCGAGAGGGGAGGAAGCAAGUUGAAGGCCGACCGACGCUAUAUAGAAGAGGGGUUCAGCCCUGAGGAAAGUCAUGUGGGGAUGCCUAUGGAUGGAGAGGAUGACGAGGACAACCGCGAGCGGUCUCGAAGUGACAGCAAUCACGAUGACCAUAUCGAUGAGCUCAUGCGGAGAGAUGACCAAUGUGUUGAUGAGUUUGAGCACGAGGGCCAUGGCCAUGCGAAUCACAAUCACAACAACGCCAGUGAGACUACAAUGUUGCUGGAGCAGCUUGACCACGUGAACCCGCAAGCUAUGGAAGGCUUCGACCCAUAUCCGUACGACCCUAGAGGAAGGCUUGCCAACGAGAACGGGCGCGAAGGUGGGGAUCGCAAUGGAGCGUCCGGAGUGACCAGUGUGCGGGGAAAUUCGUCAACGAUUAUGAACGGAAGUGCCGUCAUGGGCGAUCUAGGCCAUCUACGGGAUGAUGUGCUGAAGGAAUUGCUUGAGUAUUACACGGAGAUUGGCGACUUGCAGUCGUGUGUCGCUAUCACAGUUGUUGUGGGCAAGGUGACGAGCGUCGAAAAGGUCAUGGGCAAGGCGUGGCUGCAGCACAUCUACAUGCACUACAUCGACCUCCUCCACCAACUGCAAAUCUACACGACAGCGAACGAGCUGGUUGCAAAUUGCUCGGAUCAGUCGAUCCGACAAAUGAACAUGAAAUCAACUAGCGUGUAUUUCAACUGUGCGAGGUGUUCGAAGCCGCUGGAGUCGUCAGGCCCUAGUGAACUUGGUGUGCCGGUUUCUCUGUGUACCAGUUGCAGCAACGCUGCCACACUCUGCUCCAUCUGUCAAUUGCCUGUCCGAGGUCUCUACGUUUGGUGUCCCGUGUGUGCGCAUGGCGGUCACUUGGACCACCUGACAAAAUGGUUUGCUCACGAGACAGUAUGCCCAACGGGCUGCUCACACCAGUGUUCGCUGAACUUGGUAGACGCUGGCAUGGGGAAUUAA